AUCAAUUUAAGGAUAAAUUACUAAAUGAUUGAUUGAAUAGGUUUUGGCGAAUAUCGCGGACAUAAUCACCGAAGAGAGCGAAGAGGGAGAGCUUAAGCACAAUAUGUGGCGCGAAAUCUUCAUAUUAGUAGAUCUGUUGUGUUGCGGAGCCAUACUAUUCCCAGUCGUCUGGUCCAUACGGCACCUGCAGGAGGCCUCACAAACGGACGGAAAGGCUGCCAUAAACUUAAGAAAACUGAAACUAUUCCGACACUUUUAUGUGAUGGUCGUCUGUUACAUAUACUUCACUCGAAUUAUCGUCUAUUUAUUGAAGAUAACGGUUCCCUUUCAGUAUGAGUGGCUUAACGUAUUCUUUCAGCACUCGGCGACUCUUUUAUUCUUCUUGUUGACGGGCUAUCACUUCCAGCCGACCUCUACUAACCCUUACUUCCAGUUAGCACUAAGCGAUGAAGACUUGGAAUUGGAGGAAGUACUCUUCGUUCAGCCAAACAGUGGCUUCAGUGAGACGAAGAAGCGGAGCCAUCGCGACAGCGAAUCCAAUGUCAACUCAGAUACGGAGCGAUUGAUCACCAAAAGAGAAAGUAGUCAUGAUUUUGAUUAGUUUUGAGUUAUGUAUAGGAUUUUAAUAAAUCGUUUUAUGAAAUUAAUUUAAAUUUAUUUUAAAUAACUCUUUUUUGUUUUGUCGAUUAAUGAGAUGAAUGUUUAAUUUAUUAUUAAUUUAAAUGAUAUUAUUUUUUGUGGAGAAUAUAAUGUCUAUUAUAUAUACAUUAAAAAUUUGAUGAAAAGCUUUAACGAAA